ACAAAGCAUAUUAUUUGGUAAAAAAUUAAAAUUUGCUAAAUCAAAAAUAUAAAAGUAAUUAUACAAAAUUAAUUGAAAGUUAAAUAUUUUUGAAUUGUUUACGAAAAGGAGUGCAAUAUAGAUCAAAAUGGAAAAUACUUUCAACAAUAUUACAAAUAAUAUACCAUCUUCAUCAGCAUUCGAAUCAUAUUCGACACAAUUCACCAAUAAUUUCCCAGCAAAUACAGUAGAUAAUGCAUCCCAAAAUUUUGUGCCAUAUUUUGGAUUUAUGAUGACCGAUCAAUAUAAAAGUUUAAUGCGCUUAAUCCAUUUAUUUCCACAAUUACAUGCAGCUACCCUUAAGGGGGCAUUAGAAUUAUGCAAUUACGAUUCAAUCCAAACGAUUGACAGCAUUUUGUAUGCUUUACAAUAUCGUAAAUAUUUGGAAGCAAAAAAUCAAGGAUUUCCAUUGGAUUAUAGUGCACGUUGUCCACGAACACCUCUUUUACCAUCGUUUUUGGGUAAUCGAACAACAAAUUCUCAUGUGUAUGAGCAAUUAUUUCAAGACAAUGCAUAUUUUAAUAAUGUACCAACUAACGGUGGAGGGGAUAUGAAUAAUUUUGGAAAUUGUUAUACGCCAUCACCAGGUGUUUCGGAUACUUCUGCAAAUAAGAGUAAUUUCAUUCCUCAAUAUUUUACUGGCUAUCAAAUUUCAAAUGAUACUGGUGCUGAACAAAAUUUUCAAAUGCCAGGAAAUUGUCUUCCACCGUUCACUCAUCUGGCACAAUGCAGUUCAUCUAAUCAGAACAGUGAGAGCGGUAUGAGGUACAAACUGGUGAAUUGGAUACCUUCGUUAGUGCCUACACGCAAGUCUGAUAAAGAAAAUGUUACAGAUGGAGGUGUCAUUAAUCAACAUCCACCUGCAGUUGCAAAUACUGGCCGUCAAAGUGCCGUACAUGAAGAUAAAAGGACUAUAAAGCCAGCAAAAGUAAAACGAGUAAUCAAAACCAAACAAGCGACUUCACGUCCAAAAUCUUUGGAAAAAAAAACUGUCAAGUUAUUGAAAGCAAGCGAUUUUAAAAAUACGGAAGAAAUAAAAAACCCAUCAAACGUAGAUGAUACAAAACCAGAAAUAAUGGAUAUGACAAUGCGUAAUUGUAUGGUUGUCGAAAGUACUUCACAAAUUGGAAUAAAAUACGUUAUUAAGAAAUCACAAUGCCCAUUGGGGGAUAAAGAUUGUAAUGAAAUCUUUCAGCCUAAAUAA